AUGGAGUACUCACGGCAAGAAGCCUUUAAAAAGCUUCGGGACCCUUGUGUUGAGCUCAGCUCUGUCGGCCUGAGAUACCGUGGCCAUCAGGCAUCCCCCAACGAUGUAUUCCGGGCUCUCAAACCAGUGCAGAGCGUCCUGAAGGAACUCUCAAGCAAAGGUUCACUGGACGAAAAGCUGGCAGAAUAUGCAUUCUUUCCGCUGUCCCACAUUUUCAACGAGAGCCAGAGAAUUUCGGCUAAUUGCUUGGAAUUGGCAGUCGACUGCUUGCGGAUAUUGGUUGCUGACGGGUGGCGACAACGCCUAUCCCCGCAAAUGGGCAAGCAGCUCAUGAUACUGCUUACGUUGAUUAUUGGAGGCCCUCCAAGUAAAGCCAAUAGUAACCAGCAAACACAAUCCAAGCCAGCGGAAUUGUCUAUCGCUGGCUUUGACUGUCUUUCAGCCAUCUUUGAUGUUAUGGAAGGGCCUGUAGCGCAAAGGACGAUCUAUAACGAAAUCGGUACAGCGACUGUUGUUGACCAGACUGUGUAUGUCUUGCUUGAAGGAAUUUUAGACACUACAUCAGACGACCUUUGCGUUUCUGCUGCAAAAGCCCUUCAAGCCCUGUACUAUCGAAUAACUGACCGGGUAGUUCUGGCUAGCGUAAUGCCACGGACGGCCUCGACGCUAACAAAGGUCAUCAAGCCAACAACUCAAGUACGACGCUCUUACAAGCUGCUUUCUGCUUGUAUUAAGGUCCUUACACACAUGCUUAAAGUUGUUCUUAAUGACCAAGUAGCGAGCGUCGCACCAGAGAAGCCCGCUCAGUCCCAGGAAAGUGGUGAUGGUCUUGUGCUUGAUGAAUCCUGGCUGAAGGCCACAACUACGCAAAUUAAGCUUGCGCUUGCGAAUGUUAUCCAGGUUAGGCGACAUGACAGGCCUGAAGUACAAGAGUCGCUAUUAGAACUAUGCUCAAUGGUCGUGGAGGAUUGCCGAAGCACACUGCAAGAGUCGCUCCCGCUAGUGGUUGAGACUAUGGUCGUGCUAUCUGAAACUAGUGAUGACGAAUCACCUAACAAUGCAUACACAAUCCUCAUGCAUCUUGCCACCGCAUAUGCUGAGGUAUUGGAUGCCCUUAAGAACUCUCUGCAUGCUUGGAUUACCGCUUUCCCGAGAACCAUGCAAAGCAAUGAUGAAACGUCGAAGCAAUGGGCACUUAAACAGAUAGCCACUGCCUUUCAGAUAUUGUCCCAGAUCCAGUCCGGGUCUGACAUACUCACUACUGGACUUGCAUCAGGACUGUGUGACAGCGUUUCAGCAGCCAUCAACCAUUCCAACAAUGCCCUUCAACCUUGGAACCCUGAAACAUCAGGCAGUCAAACACUAGAAGUGCUUCACCACGGAAAUCAGUCAAGAUCUUUCCCACCGGUGCUUUUGGAACAUCGCAGUCAACAGCAAACCCUCAAAGACCUUCAAUCCAUGAUUCUCAGGCUUAACAGGUCCGAAUCCGGAAGUAAUAUCACACGUCUAAUCAUCAACCGGGUCCAUCAAGAAACAGGCAAUUCUAUUGCGCCUUUUUGGUUGGCGUUAGAAUUCCUCAAAAGCGGUUCCCAACUCACUAGUCUUGAUGAAUUCAUUUCAUCGGACUUUAUCGAACCGUCAUCCCUGUUUUCUACGAGAGCUAACAUGAUCGAAGAAUUAUAUUACAUCUCACUCCCUGUACUAAGCGAAUCAUUGCCUGACGAAUCAAAAGACUGGCGGGUUUCGGCUCUUGCUCUAGAAGUAAUCGCACUCCAGGCCCAACAGCUUCGUGAAGAAUUUCGGCCAGAGUUGAUGGACGCAUUAUAUCCUGUUCUCCAACUUCUAUCAUCGCCCAACCCAAACCUUCAGAGACAUGCUAUGGUCUGUCUCAAUGUACUAACCGAAGCCUGUAACUAUGAGAGCACGAGCACGAUGGUUAUUGAAAACGUCGACUACCUUGUGAACUCAGUGGCCUUGAAGCUAAACACGUUCGAUGUCUCACCGUAUCCACCCCAGGUGUUGUUCAUGAUGGUCAAGCUAUGCGGUGUGCGGUUGAUUCCAUAUCUCGACGAUCUUGUCGAUUCAAUCUUUGGGAUAUUGGAUAUGUAUCACGGAUAUCCAAAACUCGUUGAAAUGAUGUUCAAAACCUUGGCCGCCAUUGUUGAGGAAGGGACCAAGAGUCCUUCAUUCCUGGCAAUAGGCGAUGGAACGGACAGCAACCGUGCGGGACAUCGCAAGAAGCAGCACAAGAGGUUACAGAUCUCUACUCUUGCUAAGGACCUGAAGAAUCGGAAAGCGAAACGUGCCAGGCACCUGGACGACUUUCCUGACGCUGACGAGCACGUGUCCCACCCAGAACGGCCGUGGACCACAAAGCCUGAUAAACCGGUCGAGCCAGAAGAGGAUAUCGAGGCGCUUCUGAACAAAGUCACAGAAGAAUCAGACGAACCACUGCCUGCACCACGCGAACCUGAAGACCAAGAAAAGCCUUUGAGCAAAUCACACAACCUAUUGCUACACAUCAUCAAGUCUAUCCCCUCACAUCUUUCUUCUCCAUCGCCUUACCUCCGCCGGUCCUUACUCUCUAUCCUUACCCAGGUAUCACCAAUUCUCUCAGGACACGAGAACAGCUUCUUACCCAUCAUCAAUGAGGUGUGGCCAUCAGUAGCCGCAAGGAUCAGCCUUCCCUCAUCCUUCACUAGCAGCUCCUCAUCAACAGCGCUCAUGGCAAGAGAAGACUCAAACAACGGACCCAAGAACCGACCAGACGACGAAUUCAACUUCAAAGAAGAAAUAUACGUAACCACAACAGCCUGUCAAGCCAUCGAAAGCAUGUGCAAGAGCGCCGGCGAUUUCAUGGCCACCCGAAUCGAAACCGAAUUCCCUCGAUGGGAACGCCUCUACCGUCGCGUAUGGGAGACCGUCCGACAAGACGCCGAAAAGGCCAUUCAGCGACGAGCCAGGAGCCAAGCCACCAACGAAAAGACAGAUAUACUUCUUUCAUUAUCCCUGGGUCUCUCACAAUCACUAUCUCUCAAUACAGCAGGGGGCCCCUCAGGCACUCGCGCAUUCACACCUCACCAUAGUCUCUGGCGAGCUCUCCUCUCCCUGUUCAUCACUCUUCUCACACAUGUCCGUCUGCCUUUGUCUAUGGGUGACCAGAUCUGUGAAUUCCUGGCGGCUUGGAUAGCCCGGUUCGCUGGUCCAGAUUACUAUUCUUCUUCGUUGUCAUCGUCAAAGCAGGAAAUCCCAUCUUCUCUUCGUCCGGAAAUAAACACUGUCAACAAUGCUAUCGAGGCAAUGGAAAUCUGGAACGUUGACCUGACUUGGUUCAUUUUUCAGCAGCAAAAGGCACAAGUGCGGGGUAUCAUACCUCAAAGAAAGACACCCAGUGCUUCCCUGAUAAGUGAAAUCAACGAAGACCCCUUGGAAACGUGGUCAUCGCCAGGACAUAAAUUGAAGUUUGCAGCGUUGGUGUUUUGA